AUGUCAAGAUUCUGGGAACUGGAAAGUGUACAAAUGGAGACCGCUACAACUGCAGCUGAAUAUUUAGUUGAACAGCAUUUCAAGGACACUCAUUACCGCGAAGAAUCUGGGCGAUAUGUCGUGCGACUACCAUUUAAUGGUAUGGAACAUCAACUAGGUGAUUCCUUUGAAGUGGCCAGAAAGCGGCUAACUAGACUGAUGGUCCAACUUGCUAAGUAUCCAACUAAGCGUGGUGAGUACUACAAUUUUCUAUCCGAGUAUUUAUCACUGGGUCAUAUGACGGAAGCGGCUGAAUAUUCGGUUGGUCGUGGUUACUUUAUUCCACACCACGCUGUUUAUAAGGCUUCCAGUUCAACGACGAAAACAAGAGUGGUCUUUGAUGCGUCAGCGAAAACCAGUUCAGGCCUCUCGCUCAAUGAAACGCUCUUAGUUGGACCCACGGUGCAAAAUGACAUCGCAACGAUCAUACUCCGAUUCUGCGUCCACCCGGUGGUGUUGACCGCCGAUAUUUCAAAAUGUAUCGACAGGUGCGGCUGCAUAAAGAUGAUUGCAAAUACCAACAAAUUCUGUGGUGGGACAGUGAAGGGCAUCUGA